AGUUGGAGCAGAAUCCAGUUAAAAGGGGCAUAGCUGGAUCAUAACGGGGGGAGAUGGUUCUUUCUCACGGCUGCUGCUUCGUCCUGAGUCACAGGAUGCAAUCGAAGGAAGAUGCUCAGGUCGUUCCAUCUCCGAGCAUUUUUACUACAUGCAGUUUGCUAAAGAAGACGACAAAGAUGUCACUGCCUGGGCAGACUAAGUGAUUUCAUCCUAGGUUUUUCUCCUAGAAAGGCAGUUCUAAAUAGCUUCAAAGCCAAAUAUUGGCUGGACUAGACGCGAUGAACAGCUAGACUCUAAACACGCCUGCUUCUCUACAAGGUCAACAGUCAAGUUUUAAUGAUCAAUGUCCAGUGUGCCUAACGGGAAGAUGAAUUAUCUGCAAACUGAGGAGGAAGAAAAAGUGCAGAGGGACGAGCUGGAGUGUAAAAUCUGUUACCAGAAAUUCAACGUCCAGAGUCGCAAGCCCAAACUCCUGGACUGCCUCCACAGAGUGUGUGCAAAAUGCCUAACUAAAAUCCUUCAGGUAGGAAGCGGCUGUCUUCGUAUUAGCUGCCCAUUCUGUCGGCAUGAAACAGAGCUACAGGAAGAAGAAGUAGAAGGACUCCCUGAUGAUUUAAAUAUCUUGUCCAGACUGGUAACCAAAGACAAGUCAACGUGGAAUUCAGAGUGCAAGGAAGUUCUCCUGACACCAAAGAACUUAGGUUCACCAAGUCCUUCACACGGGUCAUCCAACUGCCUGGUGAUAACCAUCAUGGAAGUACAGAGGGAUUCCACCUGGACGCCGAGCCAAAACACCCUCUCAGAUUAUUAUACAGAUCACAGCCUUGACUCAGAAUCUGUCAGCUCCACCAACCAGCUGGACCAAGAUGUUUUCUCCAAGCUCUGCAAUCAUAUUCCCAGAAUACUAGUGUGGCUACUUGGUUUUUUUUACUUCGGUUCUUUGCCCCUCGGAAUCUAUUUAUUAGUGAUUCAGAAAGUGACCUUGGGAAUUGUCUGUGUCAGUCUUGUGCCAUCCAGUCUGACUGUGUGUCUUGUGUACGGUUUUUGUCAGUGCCUCUGCCAGGGAAUGUGCGACUAUUCUUCUAGAAAUUGAUGCCAGAACACCAGAGGAUAUUUAGACAGCGAAAAGACUACGCUAUUGUGUUUUUUUUUAUGUGACUAUAAGUAAGAAAGAAGGACAUCCGUCUGUGAACUGAUAUUUUUAACAUUCCAUUCUUCUGACCGCAGUAUUGACCAAAAAUGAAUAAAGAUGGUCUAGAAAGAUAAAAUCUUUAUGUGGGAGAAGUUUGGAAUCUUGAAAAUGCAAUAUUGUCUUAGUGUUGGCUGACUACAAGCAGCUCUUCAUCUGAUGUCUCUGAAUGCAGCCUUUUAAUAUAUUUUGAAGGUUGCCUCUGACUCAUUCACAAGAUGGACCAGUGAGAAGCUAGUGAGAAAAAUGCCUCCUUCCGAGAAAGUCGUCUGAAGUUAUUUUCCUUACUCUCCAGACUGUUACAUCAGUGAGGGAUAAAAGAGAAAAAUUGCUUUGUUAAACUAGGGCCAUGCUUAAUUUGAUUCAUGGCUUUGUUGAAGAAAGUAGCUAUGGAUUUAUCUCUUGCUCGGCAAAGGAGGCAGAAGAGAUCAAGGACUGCAGUUUUUAAAUUCUUCAUGCUCUGUCAAAUUGGAUGGCACUUUAGCCAAUGCUGAAUAAAAAAUAUAGCUGGAUAUGUGCUACAGUCUGAAAAAUAAUCUAGACUAUUUCUGGCAACAUGGACUUCUCUGAUAAAGUUUAGAUAUCACUUGUAUAUCGAUGCAUAGUGUUGCUAAAUUAAAAUGAGCAGUUUUAGGUAUAUGGCUAUGUAUCCUUACAUUGUAUAUGGUUAUGAAGCUGAUAUGCUAAAAAGUAGGGUAGUUCUGUUUUAUUGUGUGCAUUUGUCUUAUUCUGCAAGAGACAAUUCUAUCGGCUUAAAAAGAAGCAUGCACCAACAUGGUUGGCUAGAACAUACUGAGUUUUGAACCCUACUGCUUUACAAGUGAGAAUUACUUCUGAAAAUCAGGUCAGGAUUCAUGACAUUAUUGUCUUGUUUAAAAUCCUGUAAAGCCAGUAGCAACCUUUUGCAAUCUGAUUCAAAUAAUCUGGUGUCACCUAUUCUUACCUGACAAUAACAGCUGUUCCAAGCACACAUUUCAGCACUUGUUAAACAGACUUUUAAAAAAAGCACACACAAGAGAUUCAAU